UCAAUCAUUACCGCCAGCAAACGCUGCAAAGAGCUGUAGUUACUUUCUGUUGAACUAUUCGUGGUGUAGUGAACGAUGACCAAACUCGUGUUGGUAGUAUUGGGGGCAUUGGUGGCGCUGGCGGCGGCGAAGCAGUUCGAGAAGUGCGAGCUGGUGCGCGAGCUGAGGAAGCAAGGCUUCCCCGAACCCCAGAUGAGAGACUGGGUGUGCCUGGUGGAGAAGGAGAGCGGUUUCCGCACGGACGCGAUCGGCAAGCUGAACGGAGACAGCUCCUGGGACCACGGGCUCUUCCAGGUCAACGACCGCUACUGGUGCACGCGCGACGGCCCGCCCGGCCUCGAGUGCAACGUCUCCUGCGCAGCGCUGCGCACGGACGAUAUCACCGCAGCGGCGACCUGUGUGAAGAAGAUCUUCGCGCGCCACGGCUUCGGCGGCUGGACGGCCUGGAAGGCGCACUGCCAGGGCGCCAAGCCCGACAUCUCCAGCUGCUAGAUGCUCAUAUGUAGACACACAUAAUAUGCUCAACUUAAUAGAACUGAUUUUUUUUUAUAAUUUCCACCAAAACUACUGCCAUUACUUUUCUCCGCAGAAUUAUUUUUAUUUCUGU